UGUUUCGGAUAGUUCGCGUGUUGCGGCUCCAGCAGAGUCACCUUGCUUCGGCCGCUGCUGCUGUUGUGGGGAUAGAGCAGAGGAACCGACCGGGCCAGAGGCGUCAGGAAGGCAGCUGGCCACCGACCGAACCGGGUCGACAUGGCGGAGACAAAGCCGAAGACCUCUCCGAAGGCCAUAAAGUUCCUGUUCGGAGGUCUGGCCGGCAUGGGGGCCACCGUGUUCGUCCAGCCGCUGGACCUGGUGAAGAACCGGAUGCAGCUGAGCGGCCAGGGCACCAAGGCCCGCGAGUACAAGACCAGCUUCCACGCUCUGUUCUCCAUCCUGAAGAACGAAGGACUGGGAGGCAUCUACACCGGCCUGUCAGCAGGGCUCCUCCGCCAGGCCACCUACACCACCACCCGCCUGGGGAUCUACACCAUCCUGUUUGAGAAGAUGACAGGAGCCGACGGACGGCCGCCCAACUUCCUGCUGAAGGCUCUGAUCGGGAUGACGGCCGGCGCCACCGGAGCGUUUGUGGGGACGCCGGCGGAGGUUGCUCUGAUCAGGAUGACGGCUGAUGGGCGACUUCCUGCUGACCAGAGGAGAGGGUACACCAACGUGUUCAACGCUCUGGCUCGCAUCACCAGAGAGGAGGGGCUGACCACGCUGUGGAGGGGCUGUGUUCCCACCAUGGCCCGGGCAGUGGUGGUCAACGCCGCUCAGCUGGCCUCCUACUCCCAGUCCAAACAGGCGCUGCUGGACUCAGGUUAGCUUCGGAAAG